GAGGAGGUCCUCGUGAAAGUCCUCGCUGCCGUCAGUUCCACCGCGGAAAGCCCCGCCGAGGUCAUCGCGCCCUCCAUGACAUGCCGGCGGUGGAAGCGAGCGAGUCAAGACAGGGACGUGUUGUGCUCCACGUCGAGGGGCGGCGUGGCGGUGCGAGCGAGGCAGUGGAGCAUCGGCGCCUUCACGUUUCUACGACGACUGAGCGAGAACGGCUGUCUAGAGGCCUGCUUCAUGCUCGCCAUGAUCCUCUUCUACUGCAUCCCCGAGGCGCAAUUUGAAGGCGGGCGGCUUCUCAUGUAUUCCGCGCGGCAGGGGCACGCGGCCUCGUUGCAUGCGGCGAGCAUCCUCAGCUUUAACGGUAGCGGUCUAGGCCAGCAGAGCAAGGACAUCAAAGUCGGCGUCGCGCUCUGCGCGAGAGCGGCGGCUCUCGGCCACACAGAAGCCAUGCGGGAACUAGGCCACUGCCUCUUGGACGGAUACGGAGUGCGCCAGGACGUCCAAGAAGGUUGGAGGAUGCUCCUCGAGGCGCAAGCUGCUGAACUCUCACCGGAAUCUUCCUCUCACGUGUCUUCGCUCUCGUCGCUUCUCGCUUCCGGCGGCAAGCGAAAGAGUGAAGCUGAUACUGGCGUCGCUGCUAAGAAGAUGCGCGGUUUUGAUGCCCUCGGUAAUGUCGCCGCCGUGGGUUGCGCUGAGCAGGAGACUGCGGUGCAGACGCUGCUGGGCGUGGAGUCCAAGGGCGCGUUCACAGAGCACGGCAUGCCCGUGUCUCCCGCAGGGGUCAACUCAAGGCCUCCCUUCGUUUUUCGCGUCGACGCUUCCGCUUGCGGACAGCCCGCCGCGCUCCCGCCGAAGAAGCCCGCCGCUCCCGUCGCUGCGUGGACGAGUCCCCUCGAGGCGACCAAGUUCGCCCGACCUGCGCGACAGGUUCGCCAGGCGCGUCGCCAAGCCCGGAAUCCGUCGCAGGACUCGCAGGCGCAGCACCUGCAGGGAAAGACGGCCGUCGUGCUUAAGCUUCUCGCGGCGCUGAAGGCCGGCAGCUUAAAGCUAACCGCCGAGUCGAUCGCCAAGCUGCAGCCGAUUCUAUCCAGCGUGCAGACGUCGCUGCGCGCCACUGCUGUUCACCCUGCACACGUGUUCGUCAAGGAUUGGUUCGCCGCAAGGGCGGCUAAGAAGUGCGAGAAGAGCACCGCGUGCGGCGAUUUGGCGAGCGCGAAGGACACGGUGGGCGACGCUGGGCUCGGUUUUUGCAACCGCGAGUCUUGCGGCAGGCCUGAGAAGCGCGCGCUGGAGUUUUGGCGGUGCUCCACCUGCUGGAACGCGCGCUACUGCAGCCGUUCGUGCCAGCUGCAUGACUGGCACGCCAGUCAUGGCGGGGAGUGCUGCGCACAGGCUUCUGUGGCUGCCGGCGCUGCUGCGUUUGCUGGUGUAAUAAGCGCGGAACGUGGGGAUGUGCGACUCGCGCCUCUUCCCUGA